AUGCUCAUGUCUGGCCCUGGGUACCUAGGGACGACCGUGCUGGUCUUCGCCUGGUUUCUUGCUGCUGUCGCUAUCGGUGUCGUUGGCACCAGAUUAUAUGUCCGGUGGAGAAUCGUCGGUAAAUAUACUGUUGAUGAUGGUCUCAUUUUGAUCGCACUUGUGAGUCUGACAGGAAUCCUUUUGAAGACUCAAAAUGGUACAAAGCUUUCGAAAAAGCAAAUCAAGUAUACGGUGAAAUGGGUAUACCUCUGCGAGUUUUUCUCCAUUAUGUCGCCUGGAGUAAGCCGCAUCGCCUACGCAUCCUUGUUGCUGGGCAUUCUCCCUCCGAUAAAAUGGCGAAGUCGAAUGCUCUGGACAUUAAUAUGGAUUCAAUUUGUGGUCGACGUUGGGACGGUGAUAAUCAGCUUUGUCCAGUGCCGGCCAAUAAAUAAGUUUUGGGAUUCAAGUGUCCCAGGCCACUGCUGGGCACCAACUGUGCAGCAAUAUGCAGGCUUCUUCCAGGGCACACGCCUUCUUAUAACUAUCACUAGUUAUGUUGAUAACGCUGACUGGAUAAUAAAUCGAACUAAAAGUGCAAUGAUUGCAUCAAUUAUCAAAACCGUUCAGCUGCAAGCGAUCACAGCAAAAGCGGACAUCACUUAUGCCAUGGCCCAUCUUGCUACGUGGUGGACCCUGGAAGCGUAUCUUGUCAUCAUCGCGACUUCGAUACCCACAUUGAGGCCGAUCAUGUCCACGAACAGGCAAAGAGAUAAAUCGAACAAGAGGUCUAAUAUCAGUGACAGCCAUCAGGCUAGCUAUGUUCAUAGCAAGCAGUUCGAAAGCAGUGAUGAUCCAAAACUUCUAGACCGAAGCUGUGGCUCAAGGAAUAGUACCCCGAAUAAUGGCGAGGUCUAUCUUAUGGAAGAAGGCCACAGACAGGAUGGCUAUAGUUCGGAAGGGGUAGACGGAAUAAAGAAGGAGACGACGAUCGGUGUGACGUAUGAAACGGCUACCCGUAAAGAUCAGAGAGCCUCCAUGGGGGUUGGUUUUGAAUAG